GAUGAUUGUUUUGCUUUUGCCAUCAAACUGCUCCAUUGUUCGAACUGGCAAAUACAUGAAAACUAAGCAACAAAAACGAAAAAAUAUUAUUUAAUCGGGCAUUUUCUGUGGAUUACUUCAAUGGACUCGUUAAUUUAUAAAUUCGCCGCCCUCGGCCCCCUAGAUGACGGAGAGGAUGAAGGUGACAAGUCCGAGAACAAACCAAACUUGAAUGUCUCGGAACUCGCCACCAUAGUGGAAGACCUGAGCCUGAGUGACUCCGAGAAUAAGUUAAAAAUCGACGGCAUAGAUCUGGAACGUGGAGGAUGCGCGGAUAAAAUCGCCCAUCUUUAUUGCAACCUGCCCACUGACUUCAACUGGGACGAGGCUUCUCGAAAAGGUGCUCCGGAGAUUCCCGACUAUGAAAUCGAUUUCGAAAAAGCGUUCGCCAACUUGAGCAAGCUGGGCGAGGUCGAAAAGCACCUCGAACUGCUUUACAAGCCCUUCACCUGUAUGAUGGACGUGAGUUGUCGCUUCAACAUGUACGAGCUGUGCAUCCUCCUGCCUGACGCCCGCUACGAUCCCGGGAUCCACCCCUCCGUGGCCAUUAAAGUGCGUAAUCCCAGCGCCAAUGUUAAGAUAUUUUCAGGUGGAAAGAUGGUGUCCACUGCCCUGACCGCGGCCUCCGCCCGAAAUGCUCUAUUCAAGGUGGUGCGGGUUGUCCAGGAGCUGGAUUACAAGGCGGAUAUAAAGAACUUUAGCAAAAACAUAGUAAACGCUACCUUUAUGAUGCCCUUCAAGAUCGAUCUCCAGCGGCUGAACCAGCUGUAUUCGGACAAGGUCACUCACAACAACGCCAAGCGCCCCUUCAUCACCUACACCCUCGACGAGGAUGGCGUCCGGUUCGCCGUAUUCCCAACUGGUUACGUCCUAGCCCUCCACUCUUCCUGUCGCAGUGAGACCAGCGCCGCCAUAGCCACGUUUCUGCCGAUUCUGGCCAAGUUCAAGAACGGGUACGCAACGUCGGCGGAACGGCAAGGUCGAAUGGUGGGCGAUAUAUCAUACAAGCUGCUCUGGGAGCGGAGGCUUGAGGAGGACAAAGAAGAACUUGGUUUCUGAGCAAAAGUGCACAUAUACAGGAGCGGAGUUAAGUUGAGGAAUAACACCGUUCUAGGUCCUGGGAUGCGAUAGCAUUUUCACUUAGUUUUGCCCCGAAAACAUUUGUCAUAAACCAAAGUUGUGCACGUGUCCUGUUUACACUCCCCUACAAAGUUGGAAACUUGUUUAAAUACGUGAUUUAUUCGCCCGCCAGCUGCCGAGCGACCACCAAACAACCAGUGACACUCCACUCUGACUAACCACUGGCAACACAAGAGAGGUAAUGGAUGUCGAAGGGCCUAGGCUCCGGGCGCCAGUCAAGCUCCAAAAGAGCUCUGUGGCUUAAAAAGGCGUAGCAAGAACCAAAAUGGCCAAAGAAGUUGCUACUGCAACAGGCGCAUACAUAAAUAACGAAACAUUUUCGCAUACUUGCCGCAACUUUUCUCGGAAAAUGUCACAUUAUGCGAAACAAGUUGCCGUCUUUAAUACGUUUCCGACGUGCCACAGCACCUACCCAAGUGGCGACGACAUUUCAAACAACUUUUGCUCCUUUUAGUAAAAAUAUUACGGAAACCGUAUAUUUUGCCUUUACAAAAUUAGUUUAAAUUAGUAUUAGCCAAAAAAUUUAUUAUAAAGUUAAAGUUCCAAAGUCGAAAAUAAUAGAAUGAGGAAUCAAAAAAAAUGCCCCUUAAAAUAAAAAUUUAUCUAUUUUA